AUGCUCAUUGCAAGUGCGUCGAGCGGACAUCGGCAACGCCGCAAGCGCCGUGAACCGUCCCAUGGCGUUGCGACACUAGUGUCGCCGCCAUCCCCGCCAGAAGGGCGUCGCUGGUGCACUGAGACAGGCUGGCUGUUUCGAACCACUGUCAUCCCCUGCCAGAGAGGCGGUGCGAGACAGGGCUCGAGGACAGGCUGGCUGUUUCGAACCACUGUCAUCCCCUGCCAGAGAGGCGGUGCGAGACAGGGCUCGAGGACAGGUCGGCUGUUUCGGACCACUGUCAUCCCCUGCCAGAGAGGCGGUGCGAGACAGGGCUCGAGGACAGGCUGGCUGGUUCGAACCACGAGCCACUGUCAUCCCCUGCCAGAGAGGCGGUGCGAGACAGGGCUCGGUGACAGGUCGGCUGUUUCGAACCACUGUCAUCCCCUGCCAGAGAGGCGGUGCGAGACAGGGCUCGGUGACAGCUCGGCUGGUUCGAACCACUGUCAUCCCCUGCCAGAGAGGCGGUGCGGGACAGAGCUCGAUGACAGGUCGGCUGUUUCGAACCACUGUCAUCCCCUGCCAGAGAGGCGGUGCGAGACAGGGCUCGGUGACAGGUCGGCUGUUUCUGACCACUGUCAUCCCCUGCCAGAGAGGCGGUGCGAGACAGGGCUCGGUGACAGGUCGGCUGUUUCGAGCCACUGUCAUCCCCUGCCAGAGAGGCGGUGCGAGACAGGGCUCGGUGACAGGUCGGCUGUUUCGAACCACUGUCAUCCCCUGCCAGAGAGGCGGUGCGAGACAGGGCUCGAGGACAGGCUGGCUGGUUCGAACCACUGUCAUCCCCUGCCAGGGAGGCGGUGCGAGACAGGGCUCGGUGACGGGUCGGCUGUUUCGAACCACUGUCAUCCCCUGCCAGAGAGGCGGUGCAGGGACAGGGCUCGAUGACAGGUCGGCUGUUUCGAACCACUGUCAUCCCCUGCUAGAGAGGCGGUGCGAGACAGGGCUCGAGGACAGGCUGGCUGGUUCGAACCACUGUCAUCCCCUGCCAGAGAGGCGGUGCAAGACAGGGCUCGGUGACAGGUCGGCUGUUUCGAGCCACUGUCAUCCCCUGCCAGAGAGGCGGUGCGAGACAGGGCUCGGUGACAGGUCGGCUGUUUCGAACCACUGUCUUCCCCUGCCAGAGAGGCGGUGCGAGACAGGGCUCGGUUACAGCUCGGUGGGUUCGAACCUGAGUUACCAGUCUGUCAUACAGUUGUCUUCCUAUACUGGUACAAGGAACUUGUUUUGGCUUUUGGCUACGCGCCGAUUUAGCGUAGGUUUUCGGGUGGCGUUGCAAUGCGUCCGUAUAGUGUCCUGAGAUCAGGGAACCUUGUGUGUCGUGUAGUGGUGGUCGGCCAGCGUAGUGUCUCAGGCUUGUCCGUAACGAACAAGUUUUGGUCAGCAGGAGGCGGGAGGAACGGAAUAUUGAUGUAGCGAAAAUCCUUCCGAACGGAUCAUUAUGUACGUCAGUGCCGUGAUUACGUGAGUGAUUCGAAGCCCAUAGUCAUGCACUUCAGACUUGCAACCCGCCCUGAAAACGGUGCGAUCUGUUGUCGAACUCGGUGAUGGAUUACCCACUGAGUCAGUGGUCCGAGCAGCCCGUGGCGUUAGGCUGAAAGCAGUCCCUUGUGGCGCACACUUUACUCCGCUAGCAUGCGAGGAAACCCUCCUUUAUGGAGAGCUUGUUACAUGGAGGCGGUCCGUUACGAUCGCCUGAAUAGGCGUCACAUCUGGCACUUCGUGUGUUCGACUAAUGAAGUCGUGCGGUCCGAUCUACUGAGGACCUGCGGUGACGGUUAGUGGGUGCAGGUGUAGUUUAUUCAGAUCUGGGCCCUCCUGGCCGUUUGGUGUCGACAGCGACUCGGUUUCGUGGCCUUAGAUCAUGAUCAGGGAGCAAGACACCAUAGGAACUCAUGUUAGAUUCUUAGCUGCGUGUUUUAAAGUUGCUGACCGUGCGCGGCGGUUUAGAUGACCGCCAACAGUGUAUGAUUGUCUUUACUAGGUGAUCAUGGUUUGAAUCACGCUCACGGGUGGAGCCCAGUUAGAGACAGUACUCAGCGCGCCGCGGCCAAACUGGUCACCAUGCUGUCAGUGGGGGACGCUCCUCGUCCAUACGUCUAGCCCUGCCGCGCUGCAGCACGGCCAGCUCACAACCGGGGCUCAGAGCCGAUACGGCUCCCAGCGGGGUCUCACUGUCCCGGGACAGACGUGGGCCGCUGGGUGGCGGCGCGGCGCGGCAGCUUCUCAACGCGCGAUGGCCGAGGGCCACGUGCUUAUGCUCGGUUGGGGCAACGUCUACCUCGUACCACGGUUUCUAGGUCCAAAACGGGCAGCGUUACGACCGGCCUGACCGCCCGUCGGUGGUUGUUGGCCUUGGCGCUGCUCCGUGAAUGUUGCGCAGUGUUCAGAGGGGCGUCUUAGUCGCUCGCGUCCUUGCCCACCUUGAAUCAGAUCGCGCAGAGGUGUGCGGUGGAUAUGUGGGGACCUGAGAGCUGGAGGCGCCUGUGGUGGCUGUUUCUCCGCGGCGAGGGCGGUCUGGCGCCGAGCGGGCGACCACGUGACGCGGGUCUGAUGCCUUGUUUUAUCACGGACUUGUGCACGCGGACAAACGUUCUACGUGCGCCACCCGCGCUGCGGUGCUCGCUAACUUACCUCACGGUCUGAUGAAGCUUUUGCCACAAGACGGCGAGCGGCGCGGUGUUAUCUUGGAGGGCCAGCGGCAAGCGCGGGGACUGACGCCAGUAGCUCUAGUCGGCCCAUCGAGAGACGCCUCCGGUCGCCAGAGGCUGACCUCUGACCCCUGACCGGAGAUGAGGCGUCCACGGCGCAUUGACGGCUCGUGGAUCGGAGAUGAACGUCUGUGACAGAUGACUGCAUUGUCGCCCGGCCUUGCUCUUGAGGGUUCGUCCGAAGUCGAUGAGUGAUUCGCUGAAUACAUUGACACCGAUCAACAGUCAGGCGGUCCCCUUGACGUCUGGACCUCUCGGCUCAUUAGUGUCCGAUGGCUGGGUUGCAAGCACCAACAGAUAAAGCUGAACACUGGCGAUCCGGGCAUUUUCAGAUUAUUUUAACCAUUCCAACGUGCAGUUUGGAACGAGUCAAUGGGAGAACGACGCAGGCAGCGAUGCUGACAUGCGCCAAUUAAGUCCAAGUCGGCUGCCAGUCUCCAGCGUGUGUGCCGUGCGAUAUCAGUGGCCAUGCGGGUGUAUCCGACCGGUUCCAACUGAAACGUGGGUUGAAAUAAAUCAUUCGGAUCGCCACCGAA